AGCUCAAGAACGUGGAAAUGGAUUACGCCCAGAAAAUGCAGAAGUGCCAUGAGUACGUUGAAGCUCUAGAAGGAGAGCAGAAGAAGAUCCAGGUCUUUCAGCGUGAGCUUCCUCUGUGUUUAGAGCUCGUAACUCAAGCGAUCGAGGCGUGUCGAAGGGAGCUGUCGGGUUCGUCGGCGUCGGAAUACGUGAACGGACAAUCGGAUUGCUCUGAGCAGACGACGAGUGAGUGUGGCGGUCAUUUGUUCGAGGAGUUCAUACCCAUCAAAAGGAGAUCUUCGUGCGAGGAAGACGGUGAACACGAAUCUCGUAAAUCCGAGAACGAUGGUGACGAGAAAAUGGCGAAGAGCAGUGGGAAUGAUAUUACAGAUAAGAAGAAAUCGGACUGGCUUAGAUCUGUUCAGUUAUGGAACCAGUCGCCGGAUCCACGACCGGAAGAGGAUCAAGCUCCUAAAAUGGCGACGGUUGUUGAGGUGAAGCGAAAUGGCGGUGCGUUUCAGCCAUUUCAGAAGGAUAAGCCCUCGCCGAAGAGUAAUCCGUCUCCGACUCCGGCGCUGACUACAUCGAGUUCCACGGCGGAGACCGGCGCCGGAAAACGGGACGCCGAGAAAUUGGAACAACAGAAGAGAAAGCAACGACGGUGCUGGUCGCCGGAGUUACACCGGCGUUUUCUUAACGCGCUUCAACAGCUCGGCGGAUCUUAUGUUGCUACUCCGAAGCAGAUUAGAGAGCUAAUGAAGGUUGAUGGACUAACUAAUGACGAAGUUAAGAGCCAUUUACAGAAAUAUAGACUUCACACGAGAAGGCCAGUAACGCCGGCGGCUCACGGCGGCGGAAAUCCGCAGCCACCGCAGUUCGUGGUGGUCGGUGGACUCUGGGUACCUCCGCCGCCGCCGGUCGACGGAACCAACGGAAUGUACGUGGCGGCGCAACCGCCGGAGCGUAUUUCUCCGUCGCUCAAACGCUCGGAAGAUAGAAUCGGCGGUCGUUGCAACUCGCCGGCGACACCUUCCUCUACGGACACGACCACAACUUCUUCUCCUGUGGCGUAGUUAGUCCUUGUAAUCGUUAUUAACUUAAUUAUUAGCAUUAAUGCCGGUGAGUGUAAGUAAAAUUUUUUAUUUUUUUUUUAUAAUUAAAGGACCAAGGUUGUAAUUUUUUAAUAAAUAAAUGUAGGCAAUUUUGACAUCUGACCACUAAUU